CUUGUGUGUGGUGGUGGUUUGUUCUGUUGCUUUGGUGAAGAUCUUUGUGUUUAUUAUUGUUUAGCCCAGUGUACAGCUCUGGAAGUCGACACGAAUCUCUAGAACGGGAACGAAAACAAAGCAAUAACACGGUCCUCCCUGUGCCUUCUCCUGCCAUGACAUCUUCGAAAUCUCAGAGGAGAGCCAUUGCCAUGGAUCCCAUAACUGUUGUUGUGAAGGAGAGUAUCCUUCUAUCGUCGUCCAUGAGGAAGGUCUCCAAGUACUCGUCGUCCAGUGUUGCUGCCAUUCUCAGCUCAAGUACCGCCGAUUUGUUUAGUGACGAGAACAACUUGGGCAAGGCGGGUAUUUCUGGUGGCUCUAAUGGUGUUCCUAACGGCACCAUCACUGAUCCACUCCUCUCUGGGUUUGUCCAACUACGUCUGAUGUUGAACUCUCAGAAGGAUGUUUCCGGCGUUGACGCUCUCACUUUAUUACAACCGUUUCUCAUGGUGAUCAAAUCAAGCUCCACGUCUGGAAGCAUCACAUCUUUGGCAUUGGACUCUCUGAUGAAGUUCUUCAACUAUGGCAUCAUCAAUGAAAGCUCAAGUAACAUCGAUUUUGCCUUAAACCAUGUCAUGCAUUCCUUGACUCAUUGUCGUUUCGAGGCUUCUGAGCAAGCCGCAGACGAUUCCGUCUUGUUGAAAGUCCUCAAGCUGCUAGAAUACAUAAUAGAUUCUGACUUGGGGGAAAGGCUAUCGGAUGAAGUGGUGUAUGAGGUUCUGCAAACCUCAAUGUCGUUGGCUUGUAAUAAGAGAAGAAGCGAAGUCUUGCGGAAAGCUGCAGAAUUGUCAGUUGGUCGUUUGGCUUUCAAAAUAUUCAAGAAAUUGGACUCGAUGGAACCGGAAAAUAAUGCGCAUGCCGUUGAAGAAACACAUGAUUACUCUAAGGAUCAACUCAUUGAUUCAAUUGGUACCAAUGAAGAACUCGAACAACAGAAGAGAUCAUUGGAGUUGCCAAAAAAGACUGAACAACCCUUUGGCCUUCCAGCCAUAAAGCAAUUCUUGGGUAUCUUGAUCUCGAUCAUCUCGCCAGAGAAUCAGCUCAAGCAUAAUGAAUCGACAAAGGUAUUUGGAUUUUCGCUGAUUCGUAUGGCAGUUGAGAUGAGUGGUAACAGAUUUAAAGAAUUCCCAAGUUUGUUAAAUCUUAUUGCUGAUCCUAUCUUCAAAUAUACACUGCAGGUUAUCCAGAACGUGAACUCCAUCUCGGUUCUUCAAGCUGCUCUACAAUUGUUCACUACAUUGACUUUGACAUUAGGUGAUUCUUUACAGCCUCAAAUAGAACUAUCUUUGAGGACUAUGUUCACAUUGAUCAUUCCACAGGACGUGUCGAAGAGCAAAACCUCCAGCAAAUCUGGGAAGUCAACGCCAAUCGAUGUGUCAAUAAAAUCACUCAGUGCCAAAGAGGUUAUUGUGGAAGAGCUGUCGAUCCUUUGGACUCAUUUGCCUAACUUGUUUUUAGCUCUGUUUGUCAACUAUGACUGUAACUUCCACAGGCACGACUUAUCGGUGCAAUUCAUCGAAUUUUUGGCACAAUUAUCGCUUCCUGAAAGUGCAUCUUUUACCACAGAAUUCGUUCCUCCACUUUGUUUGGAAGGUUUGGUGACUUUUGUGGGGACAAUCUACGAUCAUAUUAAAACAGCUGGUACGUUUAAUGAAUCAAGUUUGGAUGGUUUGCUAGUUGACAAAGAAAAGAAGAAAGAGUUUAUAUCAGCUACAAACAUCUUUAACGAUUCCCCAAAACAAGGACUCAAACGUUUACAGGAAAAAGGAUUCAUCAAAUCCACUGAAGAUACUGAUGAGCUUGCUGCAUUCUUCUACGAAAGAUCAAGUCGUCUCAACAAGAAGGUUUUAGGUGAAUUCCUUGCAAAACCUGCCAAUAGUGAACUCUUGGUGCGUUUCAUGAGUCUGUUUGAAUUCGAUGGUCUUCGUGUUGAUGAAGCUUUAAGGAUUCUUUUGAAGGCAUUUAGAUUGCCAGGUGAAUCACAACAAAUUGAAAGAAUUGUUGAGACAUUUGCAGCCCAUUAUAUCUCUUGUCAGUGCUACUCGGAAGAUGAAGAUGAUCAGGAACAGGACACCCCUUCAACUGAAGAAACUGAUGGUGAAAACCCUGUCAACGAGGAAGAAGAGGAGGAUGAGAAUGCGACGGUUAAACCUGAUGCUGAUGCCGUAUUCGUUUUAUCAUACUCUAUCAUCAUGUUGAAUACCGAUCUGCAUAAUCCAAACAUCAAAGUCCAUAUGACCCUCGAUGAUUAUAAGAAGAAUUUGAAGGGUGUCUACAACAACAAAGAUUUCCCUUCAUGGUAUCUUAAGAAGAUUUUUGAAUCUAUUCAGGAUAAAGAAAUUGUUAUGCCAGAAGAGCACCAUGGUUCAUCCCAGUGGUUUGACGAUAACUGGAAUAAUCUUAUGGCUGCCAAUGCUUCUACCAUCAGUACAUUCUACUCACCUGAGUCGUAUGAUUUACAAUCCACCUUACAGUUUGAAAAGUACAUCUUCAGCUCAGUUUUCUCGAAGCUUUUUGGAACGUUUCUCAGGAUUUUUGAAAUCGCAGUUGAUGAUCAUGUCAUAACAAAAAUGGUGACUAUGUUGGAUAGAUUGGGACAGAUUGCAUCAUUUUUUGGUUACUAUGAUCUUGUUGAGGGAAUCGUGAGCAGAUUAUCUCAAUUGACACAGCUCACUAGUGCCGUUGAAACUGACCAAUCUGAUAAUACUCACCAUCUAAAGCUAACUCGAAUUCAAGUAUCCGGAGGUGAAACGAUUAACGUGAGUGAGCUUGCUGUUGCUUUCGGAGGAAACUUUAAGGCUCAGCUUGCAACAAUUAUACUCUUCAACACCUUGAAGAACAAUGUCAGUAAUAUCACCGAGAAUUGGUCGACAGUAAUUAAGAUAUUUGUGACUUUGAUACAAAACGGAUUGGUACACCCUGAUUUCUUUUCCCCAUUCCAAGCCGAAUUCAAGCUUCGUAAGAUAUCAAGAGUCAAGCCAGAAGUCACUCUGACCAGAAAUUCUGUGACAAAAGGACUACUUUCAACAUUCGCAUCAUAUCUUAAAGGUGACGAUGAACCUACUGAUGAAGAAGUUGAAGCUACUUUAUCAGCAUUGGACUGUAUUAAGUCAGCAGAUGUGGGGUCUAUAUUUAAUGAUCUCAAACUUUUGGUGCCACACUAUGAUUUUAUUUACAGUGCACUUUUUGAGCAACUUCCUGAAGAACGCACCCCUCAGAAUGAGCCUUACUUUGAGACUUUGAUGCUCUUCAUCGUUGAAGCAUGUGUUGCAUUGACUACAAAUGACACCAACUGUCAAGAGUCGGACGAUUUGUUGGCGCGUAUUGAGAAACUCAUUGAGAGAAGGGAAGAAUUGAAGUUGCAGCCUGAUAUGAUGUUUAGGUUAGAUACUUACAAACUAUUGGUUAUCACCCACUUAAAGAGUGGUCGUGAUGCUGUUGUCACCAAGACAGUUGAGGAAUUCUUAGGAUUUGAAAAGAAAAUCUUUGAGAAGAGGGCACCACAGGUCAUAAAGCCCUUGACAAAACUUGCGUUGGACGAUUUCUGGGCAGCAUCUUUGGUGUUGAACGACGAAAACUAUUGGAAGUUAUUGAGAAUAAUUGCAUCCAUUUCUGACUACUCUGAUAAGCUUCUCAAGUUUGCUGAAGAUAUCUCAUACUCGAAAAACAUCAACAACACAAACUUUAUGUGGUUACUGGGAUUACUUGAUGAAAUAUCUGCUGUUGGGGCUAUUGGUGCUCAAUGGGAACAGGAGUACGAUUCUCUUGUUAAAUCAGGUCAUAAAAUUACAAAAGAAAACCCGUACCAGGAUAUCGUUCAUACAUCUCUUUUGUCUAUCAAAUUCACCAGUUCGCUAUUGAAGUUGAAGAUACUCUCAAAGGAUGAAACAUACGCGCUUAUUCAAGCAUUGGCACAUCAAUGCCUCAACCCAUGUGACCAAAUCCGCUCCUAUGCACUUAGUACACUUGAAGAGUCUAUCUUUGAAAUCAGACUAGACAAUGAUAUCACUCCAGGUGGUUUGUUCAAGUUCGGACUUUUCCCUCUUCUCGGUGAUGGUAUUGACAAGCUCAGCAUCUUCCAAUUGGCAUCCAAGUUGUAUUUACACUACUUUAAGAGGGGACAAGUUGAUAAUGAUUUGUUUUUGAAACUGCUUGAUAAUUUCAAUAACCAUUUAGAACACCCUGAGGUUGAAAGGGAGUUACAAAACUUGAUUUCUCAGAAGAAGCUCAUUGAAUCUGAUACCAAUGGCAAUGACAGCGGGACUGGUCUCUCCGUCGAAGAUGACGCGCCAGUUAUUCCUACCAAGAAAGAAGUUGAAGCUGAAGAACUUGAAGCAAGUAUUGAUUAAUGUCAAGUACCUACGUAUGGUUGGUUGAUUUUGUUGUUCUGAUCCGGAAUAUAUGGAACUUUCGUAUAAUAUGUUGUAAUUGGCUAUUUGAGUAUAGAAUUAAUCAAUAGUUAUAGACUUGACGUGGCCUAUUCAUUAUCUUGCAUUAUUUCUAACAGUGUUGACGCAUUCUUCAAGCCAGCAU